AUGGCGGGACGCAUCCCACCUUGGCAGAUGUCACCGAGACUUUCGGCUCCGAUUACUCUUUCACCAUCGUCUUACGCGAAAUCCCCGGCACGACACUCCUCUUUCUGCAGACCAGAGCGACGUGAGCGAAGCGAACCCCUGAACGAGUCCAAAGGUGCGAGAGGAGACACUGUCGUGGUGUCGGUCCAACUGAGCUGGGCUGAUUUGCACAUGAAAGGCGCCCCGUCUGGACUGCGAUACAUGGACGAACCCCCUUCACUUCGGCAUAGGGUCAGUAGCCUUGCGGAGAGAUAUAGAGCCCGAGGAUGGGUUGAGGACGCUGCAGAACUGGAACGGAUUGUAUCUGAAAGAGAGACCACGCCAUCUGCAACUAGCGACGAAAAUAACUCGCCGCCUGAUCCACUCGACGCCCUCGACGCCUUGCUCAAGACUCAUCUUCAUCAUGGCAAGUGGGCAGCUGCAUGCGAUCUGGCAUCGCUGAUGUGCGACGUUUACACAGCCCGCAACGGGCCAGAAGACCCGAAAACCCUAAGCGCGAUGAACAGUCUUGCGUCCACAUACUGUGGCAUGGGCCAGUACGAUGCAGCUGCUGUCCUCAGUACCGAAGUCACGAGCCUCAGAAGGAGGAAAUAUGGGGAGGACCACCCCCAAACACUGGCAUCAAUGUCAAACCUCGCAUCGGCCCAUCGAGGGCAAGGUCGACUCGAAGAAGCCCGAAUAAUGGAUGCACGAGUCGUGGAGUUGAAAGCACAAACUCUCGGCGAAGAACACCGCUCAACACUUGCCUCGAUGUCGAACCUGGCGACCUCGUACGCAGAGGAAGGUCGUUACCAGGAAGCAGAGGCAAUCAGCCGCGAGCUGGUGGGGCGAGCGGAAAACGUGCUCGACGCAACAGACCCUUCAAUGUUGACCAUGAAAUCCAACCUGGCAUCGAACUAUCGAGACGACGGACGCUUUGCUUUGGCGGAGGCUUUGGACCGAGAGGUCCUGUCAGCCCGGAGACAAUCUCUGGGAUCAGAGCAUCCGUUGACGCUCACGUCGAUCUCCAAUUUGGCGGCAAACUAUCGCAAUCAGUGUAAUUGGACCGAGGCGGAGGGUCUCGAUCGCGAAGCGGUGAAAAUCUGCGAAAUGACCCUAGGAAUAAGACAUCCACAAACCCUAAUGUCUUUGGGGAACCUUGCAUCCACCUGUCGAGGCCUUGGGCGACUAGACGAAGCCAAGGAGCUCGGUGAACGAACAUCGGGUAUUAUGCGGGAGGUACUAGGCGACGAAAGUCCCCAAACGUUGAUCGCCCUAGCAGAUUUAGCAGUGACGUACCAAGUCGACGGACAGAUGGAUUCUGCAGCGAAAUUGACAGCGCAAGUGGCGGAGUCGAUGAAGAAGUCAUUGGGUGAAGAGCACCCGUAUACAUUAAGCGUUGUAUCGAACCUGGCAUACAUCUACCAAUCACAGGGGAGAUGGGAUCGAGCAGGUGACCUUGCUGAGAGCGUUUACUCACAGCGAGAGAAAGUAUUGGGAAAAGAUCAUCCGGAUACAGUUGCAGCGUUUGAGGAUUUGAAGCGGAUUUCGUGGGUUGAGGUGGCGGAUCGGAAUGCAGCGAUGAUGUCGAAUUAG